AUGACUAUUAAAGUUGGAAAUUUUUCUGAAAAAGUUGCUGAAAAUGUUGCUGAAAAUGUUGAGCCUGUAAGUUGAAUUUUUUUACAUUGUUGGGAGGAAAAACAUAUUUUUCCUAUGCAGAAAAACAGUUUAUUAUUUUGAUUAGAGACAAUGUGAAAUUGAGAGAGCGCAGACAGAAGAAUUAAUUUUUCGCAAAAAAUACAAAAAAACUAAUUUUUCUGUCUGCACUCUCUCAAUUUCCCAUUGUCUCUACUCGAAAAAUAAACUAUAUAUUUUGUUUUUUGACGUUUUUCUGGAUUGAAAACAUAUUUAAAAAAAAAUAUUUUUUUGAGUAGAGACAACGUGAAAUUGAGAGAUUGCAGACAGUUUUUUGUAUUUUUUGUUCGAAAAAUCAUUUAUUUUGUCUGCGCUCUCUCAAUUUCACAUUGUCUCUGCUCAGAAAAUAAACUUUAUAUUUUGUUUUUUCGAUUUUUUCCCGCAUGAGCCCAUAACAGAGCCUUGAAAGACUGUUGAAGCCUAAAUAAUCCCUAGGGAGUUUUAAAUAGCUUAAGGAACCUCUUAAGAAUUUUUACGAAGCUCCUAAUUAUUCUAGAAAUCUUUAAAUACCCUAAGACUCUUUAAAAAUCUCUAGAAGCCUUUUGGAUUCUUAGAUAACCCCUGAAGGACCUUUGAAAUCUAUCAGAAGCUCUAGAAAAGCUUUCUGAAUUUCUGGAACUUUUCAGAAACUUCUAGAAGUCGCUAUAAAUCAGGAGAAACUUCUAUCACCCCAGAAUAAUAUUCUCAAAAAAUUUCUGACAAUUUUUCUCUUUCCAGAAGCAACCAGGAGGAUUCGAAAUCUCAUACAAAGGAAUCUUCGAAAGCUUCAUGAUCUAUUACACUACAAUUUUGAUCAGCGAUUUGUUCCUAAAAGAAUUCAACGGCGAGAAAUUGUUCUUCACAGCAUUUCAAUUUUUCUGCACAAUUGCGGUUCAUUUGGAUUAUUGGCAAGUGUUGGUUUUGUAUAUCUUCAAAUUCGUCUACUAUUUAAAACAAUAUAAUCUUGGUGAUGUUGUUCGUGAGCACAAAACGAGUGGAACAACAAAUUUCAUCGCAGAACUUAUCCUUCAAAUGUUUAUUUAUGUAUUUCUCUCAGCGUUCGUGAAGAUAAUUGUGUUCGCUUUUCAAGAGUGGAAAAAAGGAGAGAAAUGAAGAGGAAACUGAUGAAGAAACAAAUUCACAAAUUAUUGAUUCUGUUUAA